AUUCUUUCUUCUCUUCUUUCUAACCCUAGAUCGUUAUGGCGUUCUCCGCGGCCGCUGGACGAGGCGUCUGGGCGGAGAAUGCUGUCGAUACGCUCGCCGCGCACUUCGAUCGAGCUCACAACUCGCUUCUGCUGAUUCAAUACAGAUUGGACGAGGAGCUCAGCCGAAUCUACGGGAAUGACGAUGUAAACCCGAUGAAGAUCCAAGCACGCUUGAAUAAGCUCCAGGAGGAGCUCCCUGUGUUGGAAGCCGAGUGUAAGAGGCUUCUGGCCGCCAAGCAGGAGUUUAUAGAGCAAACGGUUGGCUCACUCCUUCACAACAAAGCCACACUGGAAUCUUUGCAAGCCCGGGCUGGCACUGCCACAAACAACGAAGACGUCGACCAGCCGGACGAAUCAUCGGCCCAAUCGCUCGGGAAGGUACUCAAGCUUGCCGUGAAAGAAAAAUUACUUGCAAGUGCUCUUCUCAUGAUAGAUUCUCAAAGAAUGGAAAGAACUCAAGCCCCUGUGAGCGGCUCUACCAGAUUCUCGGAGAAUACGAGCCAUUGUGAGAUGGAACUCCAAGUAAGAAGCUUUCGUUUAAGUUCGUAAAGGCUGCCUGUGCUAACUCUUUCACCAAGGAAAUUACAAUUCGACUCCACAACUC